AUGUCUUCCCUUUCUUCUUCAGAAGGAAUUGCUCGAAUCGAUGAGGAUGUUGCAGUCAAAAUCGCAACAGCCGUUGGAAAUCAAGUUAUCCAAGAUGCUAAAGAAGCUACCGAAAGUGAAAUCUCGAUGGGUUUCAUGGAAGCGAUUCGAACAUAUCCGUUAGCAGUUCUUUAUUCGGUUGGUAUUUCAAUGGCAAUCGUUAUGGAAAGUUACGAUACGAUGUUGCUUGGCAACUUUUUUGCACAACCCGCCUUUCAAAAAAAGUUUGGUAUUUGUGCAUCGAAUGGAAAAUGUCAAGUAGCUGCAUCAUGGCAGAGUGGACUAUCCGAUGGUGCCCAAGUAGGUUCGAUAAUUGGUUUACUCUCUGUAGGAUGGCUAACGGAUAAAUGGGGUUACCGAAAGACCAUGAUCUACAGUCUUAUUUGCAUGGCAGCAUUCAACUUUAUUGUUUUUUUCGCUGACAAUCUCGUUACACUUCUUAUUGGAAAUAUCUUGAUGGGCCUACCCUGGGGAGUGUAUCAAAGUUUGGCGGUUUCUUAUGCAGCCGAUGUAUGCCCAGUAGCAUUACGUCCAAUAUUGACGAGUUACGUAAACUUUUGUUGGGGCGCUGGUCAUCUUAUUGCUGCUGGCGUGCUCAGAUCAACGGUAGAACGUAAAGAUGAAUGGGCAUGGCGUAUUCCUUAUGCUAUCCAAUGGAUUUGGCCUCCUUUGGUUCUGGUGAUAGCACUUCUCUGUCCAGAAUCACCUUGGUUCUUGGUAAGAAAAGGUCGUAUUGCUGAAGCAGAAGUGGCUGUGUAUCGUUUACAAGGUGUCAACGGUACAAAAGAGCAAGCCAAAAAAACCGUUGCAAUGCUGAUGCAUACAAAUGAAUUGGAAAUUGCUGCUACAGAAGGGGCAACGUACCUGGAUUGCUUCAAAAAUACUGCGGCAAGGAGAACUGAAAUCGCAGUAAUGGUUUGGCUUGCUCAGCAGUUUACUGGUUGGGUUCUAGCUCGUUAUGCUACAUACUAUCUAGUCACCGCUGGUGUACCUGCAACGCACGCUUUCGAUCUUAAUAUCGGUAAUCAAGCAAUUCAAAUUAUUGGAACGAUGUCUGCUUGGUUCACAAUGAUGUGGUUUGGCAGGAGAGCACUUUAUUUGGUGGGCGAAAUCUUAAUGUGGUUCAAUCUUUUAGCCGUUGGGAUCGUUUAUUGCCUUGGUGUAACACCCUACGCAACCGGCGGUUUAUUGUUAUUGUUGGUCUUAAUAUACAGCUGUACGAUUGGACCUUGCUGUUACACUCUCGUAGCGGAAAUUGGAUCAACUCGACUGCGUGCGAAAACUGUUGGAAUUGCUAGAAUCGGGUACAAUGUUGCGGGAAUCGUUAUUGCUUCAGUAUCGCCAUAUAUGCUCAAUCCGAAAGCCUGGAAUUUAGGCGGCAAAAGCGCAUUUAUCUGGAUGUUCACUGGACUGAUUGUGAUUAUCUGGACCUUCUUUAGGCUACCAGAAACGAAGAAUCGAUCCUAUUCCGAAUUGGAUGUUCUAUUCAACAAUAAAGUACCCGCGCGCAAAUUCAAGACUACCAAAGUGAAUCAAUUCGGUCAGGAGAAUAGCUCAGAAGAUACUGAAGAGAAAUUAAAGCAUGCUGUGAUUGAUGGAGAGGCAGUGAUUCCCACAUUGAUGGCAUAG